AUUCUUUCCAGUUUUAGUUUUACUUCCUUUAAAAUCACGUGAUAUUGACAUGUGACCAAAAUCUUGGAGCAGAAAAAAUGUCGGGAUCUGGAGAUAGAAUCAACAUCUUCCCUUCACGAAUGGCCAUGGCCAUUAUGAAGGGGAGGCUAAAGGGGGCUCAGAAAGGACAUAGUUUGUUGAAGAAAAAAGCUGAUGCUCUUACCAUGAGAUUUAGAGCUAUCCUUAAAAAGAUCAUAGAGACAAAAGUGUUGAUGGGAGAUGUGAUGAAGGAGGCAGCCUUUUCUCUGGCUGAGGCAAAGUUCACUUCGGGAGACAUCAACCACAUGGUUCUACAGAAUGUCAACAAAGCUCAGAUGAAGGUCCGCUCCAAGAAGGACAAUGUAGCAGGUGUGAUGUUACCUGUGUUUGAAAGUUACCAGGAUGGAUCUGACAGUUAUGAAUUAACUGGUCUCUCCCGAGGUGGACAACAGAUAGACAGACUGAAGAAGAACUAUGCACGUGCCAUUCAGUUACUGGUGGAACUCGCUUCAUUGCAGACAUCUUUUGUUACAUUAGAUGAAGUCAUAAAAAUUACAAACAGAAGAGUCAAUGCUAUAGAACAUGUAAUCAUUCCCCGCAUAGAGAGAACACUAGCAUAUAUCACUUCAGAGCUUGAUGAAAGGGAAAGAGAGGAAUUUUACAGGUUGAAGAAAAUUCAGGAGAAAAAGAAGAAGAUUCGAGCCGAGGCUGAAGCUAAAGCGGCUCUUCUGAAAGCUCAGAAUAAGCUGGAGGAGCCGACUAGUCUGAUAGCGGAGGAGAGAGAUGAGGACCUUCUGUUUAAUGAUUAGUGAAAAAUUAGUUUUAGGGGCAUUUUAUGUAUUAAAUUAUACUAUGUAUCAGAUAUUAGCUGGACUUGUCAAAGCUUCCAUGACACAUUUAAUAC